UUUCAGCCGAGUAAUAUUUUUUUAGAGUGAUUCGAUAAAAAACAAAGUCGUCAUUUUUUCGUUUUUCGAAUUUUUUCGAAAAAUCAAGUUUGACAGAUGACAGAUGACAGAUGGACGGCAAGCAUGAAGUUGCGCGCAGAGCGAUUUAAAAUCGCAUCAUGGCGCGUGCGAUCGGGCGCCCCUUCCCGUUUUUACGGUAUAUUUUUAGCAAUAUCGCGUAUAAAUACUCCUUCGCGGAGAUUCGUUAUUAACGGCAAGACCGAUGAGCAUCGAUCGCAUCGAAAAUGAGCAGGGGCUGCUGGAAAUUCGACGAGGAGGACAAAGCCUUGUAUAUCGAUCUGGAAGAGGAGGACACAGAGGAGGAUAAACUCUACAAGGUGUACAGCCGCUGGGAUCAGAUUCCUGAUAUCCUGCUGGAGGAAAUCUUCGCGUACCUGACCAUUCGCGAACGUUAUUAUGCUUCCCUGGUGUGCAGAUCAUGGUACCGUGCCUUUAAACUUCAGAAUGUAUGGUCUACGUUCACCCUGGAAGACACCACUCUUACACGGGGGAAAUUCAACUAUUACAGCGGCUGGCAGUACGUUCUGGAUCAUAUAAGAACGUCCACUUGUCUAAAUAAGGUUGGCAGGAACUUUCGCUCCCUCAUAUUCGAGCCUAUGUUGAAUUUCUACAAUCUCUACGAGUUUAUGAACAUGAUAUCCUGGUAUGCCGAGCAACAAGGCUUGGACAACACUUCCGUAGCUGGCGUGGGUACCUACAUUCGUAGGCUUAAGUUCACCUUUCCUUGUAACAUGGCAAAUAGAAGUGAUCCUGAUCGAAUCAGACUCUUUGGCACAGGUGGAAAGCUGCUCGAAGCGCUCAAGAGGCUCAUGAGAAAUUUGCAGAAUCUUAGGUGCCUAGAGCUGAUAGAUUUAAUGCUCGAAAGCAACGAGGCCUUACACUUAAUGGAUGACAUUUGUGUAAAUUGCACUCAGACUUUGUCAAAAUUGAUACUGAUAAAUACUACACGUUACUAUUGCCCAUUACUACAUGUUGGAGUAUUUGUUAAUUUAAAUGUAUUAGUUAUUAGUCCCCAAAAUUUGCACGAGGAUAUAAUAGAGUUAAUAGGCUACACAAAAUUAAGGCAUCUUCACAUUGUACAAAAUCGAUACAGUCCUAAAGAUAACACCAUGAGAUUGCCAAAAAGAUCAUCUUGGAUAAAGAUGAGGGCGAAUAAUCCUUACUUAAAAGUACAUUUUGAGAUAGAAAGUCAUAAAGCUACGGAUAUACUUUUGCCUGUCGACUUACUGGAGCAUAGUGCCAUACCAUGUCACAGUAUAGUAUUGGAUAAUCCAAAAACGCAGAUUUUGCCAUCUAUUGUGCUAACUCACGGAACAUUUUUCGACUCGACGAUACGAGUGUACGCUUUCAAGGGAGUGACGAGGUACUAUCUUCACAGGAACUUCACUCAGAGAUUGGAUGAGGCGCUAGUACAAUUCUGCCGAAUGUGCCCGAAUCUGCAUACACUGAUGAUACGAGAGAAAAUAUCAACAGCUACGAUUCUAGAGAUCGUCUCUACUGCAAAACGCUUACGUUGCUUAUAUAUUCGGCGUAACGUUGUCCUGAAGAGAUGUGACAAAGCCUGGUCGAAGAUCCUGGAUUGGUCGCCCGAGUACUAUCGAUGGAUUAAGGUAAAUAGCCGUAGUUACGAGAACACGGAGAAAGAGGUGUCAAGAAUAUUAGGAUAUCGAUGGCACAUGUUAUCCGAGAAAGAAUUUAAAUCGCAGACGAUUAAUUUGCAUAUGUAGUUAUCGUUUCUUUAUGUAUAUAUAAUAUAUAGCGAUUUAUAUGUGCAAAUAAAAAAAAAUCGUCUGCAAGUUUUUAUAAUCCUAAAAAUUUUUUGUAUAUAUAAAUAUUUAUUAUAUUUAUAUCUUUUAAUGUGCCUCAUAUACAAAAUGUGCAAAGAUUGUUGCUAUGACUCUUUACGCUUAACUAUAGUAAUAAUUCAUAAUAAUCAUGUGCUAUGUUAUUCUUAUGUAACACUGCAUAGAAAGUGAUUAUUAAAAAUUAUUACUAUGAGAUACAUAUAUCAAAAGAGAUUGAAAUGUACUUAAUUAGAAUUAUUUCGUUGUACGUGAUCAUUGUACAAUGUUCUUUAACGAAAGACUGUGAUCAACGUUUUUAAUUGCAUUAGACAGCGAAAUUUGCUGUACAUAUAUGGACUGUUCUAUAGCGAAAGUUAUAAGUUUGAGACAAAAAUAAUAAAACAGGAGGUAAUCAUUUUACGCGUUUAUAUUUAUCCUUAUGAUGUAUGUUUUAGUUUAUUUGAACGUGUAUUGUUACAACUUACAUAUAAUUAUGUACAAUGCUAGUAAAUAUUUCGUACGGCUUUUAAUUGUGUAUGUAUAUGGUACUAAUUGUUAAUAAUUUGGAAAAAAAUUUCGUAAACAUGUGUUAUAACGGAAAAAGAAAAAAAAAUGCUUCAUCACGAGACAAAAAUUUUGUAUAGCAAUUAAAAUCUCGUAUAAUUUGAUAUCAGGUCAACGUAUACAAUAUAUAUAUAUA